AUGGUCAAUAUCUCAGGAUACACCAUGCCUGGUAUUAUUGCUUCCUUAUGCUUGAUCCUGCUGACAUUGAAAUGGUCAGAUGACUUCCGAGUGAUGGGCCCUUCCCAUGCUCUCCUGGCCUUGGUGGGGGAAGAUGCCCUAUUAACCUGUCAGCGCCUUCCCAACGGGACUGCAGCACACAUGGAGGUGCGGUGGUAUCGCUCAGAACCCAGCACACCCAUCAUUGCAUAUGGGUACGGAGCUGAGAUGACCGAGGUGCAGAUGGAAGAGUACAGAGGCCGAGUGGAGUGGAUAGAUGAUGGCAUUGCAGAGGGGAGAGUGGCUCUGAAGAUACACAACAUCCAGCCUUCUGACAAUGGGCAAUACUGGUGCCAUCUCCAAGAGGGCAACCAUGCUGGUGAAGCGAGCAUGCUGCUCAAAGUAGCAGGCCUGGGGUCUGUCCCCCAAAUCCACACGAAGGGGUCUGUAGAAGGUGGAAUCCAGCUUGUGUGCACUGCAAAGGGCUGGUUCCCAGAGCCCCGUGUACGCUGGGAGGACAGCCAGGGAGAGUGGUUGCUAUCUCACUCUGAGCACUACUUCCAAGAUGCCAAUGGCCUGUUCUAUGUGGAAGCCACCCUGUUGGUGCUGGAUGCCUCUCCAGAGUCUGUGUCCUGCAUCAUCCACAACCCUGUGGUCAGUGAGGAGAGGGUGGCCACCAUCGCCCUUCCAGAGAAACUGCAGACUGAGAUGGGUAAGUGGGACUUCCUGAUGUUCCAGGGAGGCUCUGGGGACACAGCAUGUUAG